ACAGUUGAUAACAAAAUAUUGAUCUCAUUUUUCCUCGAAGUUAUAUUUACUUGUUAUGAACUGAAUAUUUAGUGAAAAAAUACACGAUGUCGAAUGUGAACACCGGGGAGUUGUUAAACUUUCAAGAUUAUUCACCAGAGCACAACAGAAGUGCUCGAAUUGACGUGGAGGCUGUGCAUACAAACCAAUACACAAUCCCCAGUACACAAAGCUAUGACUAUGUUGAACCCAAGCCAGUUAGCGAGGAUCAAGAGACUCCAAAAAGUGGCAAUCAUAACUUUUGGACAAUAGAAUACUAUCAAAAGUACUUUGAUGUUCACACAAAUGAGGUGGUCGAGAGAAUUGUAUCUUCAGUCCUGCCGCAGAAGGUGUCUCGUAACUACUUUGAUGAGAGGAUCAAAGGAAAACCCGACCUGUAUGGUCCAGUUUGGAUUUCAGUAACACUGAUCUUCACAAUAGCCGUAAGUGGGAACAUAGCAAGCUAUCUCCAGAAUGCCAACAAGCUGAUUCACUGGAAGUACGACUUCCACCUUGUGUCGUACGCGGCGACGGCGAUCUUCUGCUACGUGUGGCUCGUGCCGCUUGCUCUGUGGGCUGCACUCAAGUGGACAUCGACGCCUGAUGCUCAGGAUCAGAUUGAGAUUCAGGGUUCAUCAGCGCCAACAAUGAUGUCGCUCUUCUGCCUCUACGGUUAUUCCCUGUCCAUAUACGUCCCGGUUGCAAUACUAUGGACCAUUCAAGUAUCCUGGCUCCAAUGGCUAUUAGUACUCCUCGGGGCUUUUAUUUCCGGAGCUGUACUGAUUUUCUGGCUCCUCCCAGCGCUAAGAAAGUCAAAAUACUUCCUAAUUCUCGUUGGAUCGAUCUUAGCAUUCCAUUUUUUGCUUGCGGCAGGGUUUAUGUUGUAUUUCUUCCAUGUCCCUGAUGCUGUGGAGCCGACGGUGGCAGUUACUACUGUUAAGGUUUAAUGUGAUUUUUAUUUAGAUUAUGUAUUUAUAUUUAAUAAAGUGGUAUAUUAUCA